AUGGGUGUGAUGCUUCAUCUCCAGCAUGCGGCCCCUAGUGCCAGCCAAAUAGCCAUUGGUCUGGCUCUAUUCGGGCUGCUGGCUCUCGUCGUCGACUAUGCCCGCAUGCUCCUUCUGCGGAGGAAGAUGCCUCCUGGCCCGCUUCCAUGGCCGAUUGUGGGCAACACGUUCCAAUUACCGGACCACAAGCCGUGGAUUUACUUCGAAACCCUCGCCAAGCAGUACAAAACUCCCGUCAUCACAUACUGGAUCGGGCGGAGCCCUACAGUCUGGAUCUGCGAUGCCUGGGCGGCUUCCGAGAUGUUGGACAAGCGAGCGAGCAUCUACUCUUCUCGACCUCGCAUGGUCGUCUUUGGGGAGCUGUCCAUGGGCCAGUCGAACAUCGUCUCCAUGUUCUACGGGGACCGCUGGCGACUGCACCGGAAAUUGACUCAUAUGGGAGUUGGUCUGCAGCACGUGCGCAGCUACAGUGGGUUUCAGAACAACGAGAGCAAAGUGGUGGCGUUGGACUUGGUGCGAGAUCCCGCCGACUAUGUCAUGCAUUUCGAGCGAUAUGCCGCCUCGGUCGUGAGCAUUAUCGGAUUCAACCGUCGUAUCAAGAGCAAGGAGGAUCCCAUCAUCACCGAAGUCAUUGCCGUCAUGCAGAGGGCAGCGGAAUUGAACGUGCCUGGCAAGACUUUCCCCAUGUUGAUGGAGACAUUCCCCUGGCUGUCCUACUUUCCCAACUGGAUGGCACCUUGGAAAUGCGGGCUCGGAGCCGGAAAGGGACGCGGCCGGUCAUUCUACUAUGCCUUGGCCGAAGAAGCCGUGCGCAAGAGCAACGGCGACACAUGUUACGCCAAGAAGAUCUUCGACGAGGCGCCCAAGUACAAUCUGUCCAAUAUGGAAAUUGCUUCGCUCAACGGGAAUCUCUUCGGAGCUGGCAGCGACACCUCGAGUUCCACCCUCAUCACCUUUGUCUUGGCCUGUUGCGCCUUCCCUGAAGUUCUGCCCAAGGCAUGGGAGGAGCUUGAUCGUGUGGUCGGAUCGUACCGAAGUCCCAGUCUGGACGACGAUCUGCCCUAUAUCCGCGCGUUUGUGAAGGAAGUCUUCAGGUGGCGGUCGGUCGCCAUCAUCGGAGGCCAGCCACAUGCUCCGAUUCAAGACGAUUAUUAUCGGGACUGGUACAUCCCCAAGAACACCUGGGUGCAGGGUAACGUGUGGGCGAUCCACCGCAACGAGAACGAGUUCCCGGAGCCCGACCGCUUCUGCCCGGACCGCUUCUUCGAAGGACACCCGCUCCACCGGCCGUUCCCCAACGAGAAGGGCUACAUGACCUUCGGCUGGGGCCGGCGUGUCUGCAGCGGCCAGGGUCUGGCCGAACAGGGCACGUUCCUGACCGUGGCCAGACUGCUCUGGGGCUUCAACAUCCAGAAAGCCCUUGACAAGGACGGGAACGAAAUCCCCGUGGAUAUCUUUGCAUAUACGAACGGCCUGAACAUGCGCCCGGAACCGUUCGAAUGCCGCAUCACGCCACGCACCCCCGAGAUCAAGGAGACGAUCGAGCGGGAAGGAAAACAGGCCCUCGAGGAGCUGGCGCAGUACGACGGCGAGAGUCAGUACCGCAUGAGCACGUUCUACCUCGAAGAUAAAAUGUAG